AUGAGCAAAGAUGCGAACGUUUACAGUGAAUCUCAAAAUCCUGCGUACACACCGCUCCACAUUGCUGUCAUGAAUUGCAAGAUAGAAACUGUAAAAACGCUCACUGACAGAGGUGCUGACGUGCAUGCCAAAGAUGGAAAUGGAAGAACGGCACUGCACCUAGCCAUUCAGAUGAGACCCAAAGAUAUCGUACAAGUCCUCGUAGAACAUGGUGCCGAUAUCAGAUUUAAAACUUGGUGGAACGAGACACCGCUCCAUUUUGCUGCGCGAGCAGGAGCAAAAGAAAUUUGCAAGUUGCUACUCGAAAGAAGAGCUGACGUGGAUGCCCACAGCGAAGAGGGAGAAACGGCACUGCACCUAGCCAUUCAGUGGGAAGACGAAGAUAUCAUACAAAUCCUCGUAGAACAUAGUGCCGAUGUCAAAUUGAAAACUGAAACAGGCGAGACACUGCUCCAUUUUGCUGCUCGAGCAGAAGUAAAAGAAAUUUGCAAGUUGCUAUUGGAAAGAGGAGUUGACGUGGAUGCCCAAACCGAAGAGGGAGAAACGGCACUGCACCUAGCCAUUCAGCAGGAACACAGAGAUAUCAUACAAAUAGUAGAACAUGGUGCCGAUGUCAACUUGAAAAUGGAAGGGGGCGAGACACCGCCCUUUUGCUGCGUGAGUAGGACUAGCAGAAACUUGCAGGUGGUUACUCGAAAAAGGAGCUGA